AUGGAUGUGGAUGAUGGACUAGGCUGGAAGCUUGAGAAACUCCAAUGUUUGACGGUCUUUCCUUGCAAGGAUGAAAGAGAAAAAGAAGGAAUGGCCAGAGAUGUUGGAUCAUUAAAUGCAUGCUUCCUUGCAAAGAGGAAUUUCCAAGUUGAUGUAUAUGAAGCUAGGGAAGAUCUCCGAGUGGCUAAAUUUGCACGUGGAAGAAGCAUUAACUUGGCCCUUUCUUAUAGAGGACGGCAAGCCUUGCACGCCAUUGGCCUGGAAGAUCAGAUUGUAGCCCAAGGUAUUCCCAUGAGAGCAAGAAUGAUUCACUCUCUUUCAGGAAAAAAGUCUGCAGUUCCCUAUGGGACCAAGUCACAGUAUAUUCUUUCUAUAAGCAGAGAAAAUCUAAACAAGGAGCUGUUGACUGCUGUUGAGAAAUACCCCAAUGCAAAGGUGCACUUUGGCCACCGGCUGUUGAAAUGUAAUCCUGAGGAAGGAGGGAUCACAGUGCUUGGAUCUGACAAAGUUCCCAAAGAUGCCACUUAUGACCUCAUUGUAGGAUGUGAUGGAGCCUACUCAACUGUCAGAACUCACCUCAUGAAGAAACCACGCUUUGAUUACAGCCAGCAGUACAUUCCUCAUGGGUACAUGGAGCUGACGAUUCCACCCAAGAAUGGGGAUUAUGCCAUGGAACCUAAUUAUCUGCAUAUUUGGCCUAGAAAUACCUUUAUGAUGAUUGCACUUCCUAACAUGAACAAAUCUUUCACAUGUACUUUGUUCAUGCCCUUUGAAGAGUUUGAAAAACUUCUAAGCAGCAGUGAUGUGCUGAAUUUCUUCCAGAAGUACUUUCCAGAUUCCAUCCCUCUAAUUGGAGAGCAAGCCCUAGUACAAGAUUUCUUUCUGUUGCCGGCCCAACCCAUGAUAUCCGUGAAGUGUUCUUCUUUUCACAUUAAAUCACACUGUGUGCUGAUGGGGGACGCGGCUCACGCCAUAGUGCCCUUUUUUGGACAAGGAAUGAAUGCAGGCUUUGAAGACUGCCUAGUAUUUGAUGAGUUAAUGGAUAAAUUCAAUAAUGACCUUAGUGUGUGUCUUCCUGAAUAUUCAAGAUUGAGAAUUCCAGACGACCAUGCAAUCUCAGACCUGUCCAUGUACAAUUACAUAGAGAUGCGAGCACAUGUCAACUCGAGGUGGUUCAUCUUCCAAAAAACCAUGGAGAGAUUUCUUCAUGCUAUUAUGCCAUCUACCUUUAUCCCUCUCUAUACCAUGGUUGCCUUCUCCAGAAUAAGAUACCAUGAGGCAGUGCUGCGCUGGCAUUGGCAGAAAAAGGUGAUAAAUAAAGGACUCUUUUUCUUUGGAACACUGAUAGCCAUCGGUAGCACCUACCUACUUAUGUGCUCCAUGUCAUUGAGACCCCUGCACUAUGUCAGAAGACCAUGGGACUGGCUCACUUACUUCCAGAACAGGACCUGUUUUCCUGCAAACUCCAUGGAGUCACUAAAAGAAAUUCCCAAUGUCAUUAGCAGGUGA